AUGUCGACCAAUAACGACCAAGUUCAGGGGGGCAUGGUGCCUUUUCCGGGCGCGGAGAAUCACAAUCCAAGAGGCGCGACGUCGGCAUUCUCAGUCACGCCUACUGCUAGAUUAUCUCCAGCGAACAAUACACCUCAAUCGGUUACGCCUCAAGGGAGUCCUGGGGCUGGGGGAUCGCGUGUCCUUGCUACGGAGUCGAGGAGCAGUUCUCCGAAAGCGCUUACCAACUCCUCAUCGAAGGAGUCGAAGUUAACGUCUUCAGACAAACUGUCUGCUCUCCCGGCAUCGCCCCCAACUCGCCACAGAGCUCUUCGACGAAGUCUUGAUGCACCAGCGUCAACUUCUUUGCCUGCGAUCACGAAUAACGAGCUGUUCAAAGACGCGUCGUUCACGUCGCUGCCAGCGAAUGGCACGUUCCCUCGACAAUCCUCUGCCGAAGGAGGGACGCCGAAGCAGAGAAUAUCAUCAGAGAGCGAUCGUAUAUCACUACCUACGUUCCACAACGUCCGCCAAGCAUUCUCUCGGUCGGGAAGAGCGAGCGAUCCAGCUGGGUCUCCAGCUCUUCAUCCGAAUGACCUGCGUUCGCAGAAAGAUCUCCCCUCCUCGCGCUCGGCCUCUCACUCUCGGUCACGGGCCGCAUCUCCUCUCCGAUUCCUCCAGAACUGGGCUGCAGGGCGCCGGGGGUUCCACAUACGCGAAGAGCCGUUCAUUCCUGUUGAUCCUUUCCAGGCGAAAUUCAAAUUUGGCAUACCAGACCUAUGUCCGUCUUGGUGCUUCUUCCGUGACCACCCAACAGACGAAGAAGUGGGCCUCGACGCAGAACACCGCCAUUUUGAACGGCUGGAUUAUGCUUGCGAAGAUACGUUACCUACAUGCUUGCCUUCUCGAUCUUCCCUCGAAGCUGCGUUCCGGAGCGCCAGCAACUUCUUAACAGAGACGUUGCCUCGCAUCCUAUACCUAUACCUGCUCCUCCGGCUCCCGGCACUAUAUUUCUCUCGAGUAGCAAGGAUAUUCCGGGACGCGGAGGUUAGCAAGCCUGAUAUCAACAGGAUGUGUGAAGGGGGGUUGUUGGGUAGUGGGUUUGUCCCCCAUACCGAUCUGGCGGCGAGCGGUGGAGCUGCUACAGAGCUAGGCAGGAGAGGUGUAGGAGAUCCACCAGCCAGCGGGGCGUUAGCGGCCGGUGUAGGCUAUACCGCGCACAUCAGCGCCGCAGCGGCAGCAGUUCCUGUUCCUUUACCUUACCCAGAGGAAUGGUCUACGCCGUUAGUUUCCCCCGCAUUGGUGCGUUUCAAGAAUUCGUGGGAGGUAUUUAUCGAUUCUCUACUUCGGGAGUGGAAGACUCUCAACCUUGUUUCUGCCUUAUUAUUAUCGGCAAUUAUGACAAUGUUCCAAGUCCCGGACGCAGCUUACGACCCUAUUACACGGACGGCAGCGCUUAUCUCCAUGAUUUGCGCGUUGAUGAGUUUGACUUAUGGAUGUAUCUAUAUCGUGAGAUUUGGGACGAUGAGAAGCAUGUACCGGGCUUCGAGGUGGGCUGAGGAAGCACGCAAGACGUAUACGGUCAUAUGGUGGAACGCUUGGAUUCUAUUGGCCAUGCCUGCCGUUUGGCUUGCUUGGUCAUUGAUCUCAUUCAUCGUAUGCAUCCUCUCCUUCGUCUGGCGGACGGGCUCGACUUUGGAUCCUCACGAGCGCGACCCGAUGACCCCGCGCCAGAUACUGGGUCCGAGAAUUGCGAUUACGGCGAUCCUGGUGUUGGGGUUGAUAUACUUUGUGCUGAUUAUCAACACCCUGAAGAGCUAUGGAACGCAGAAGAGGCGGGGCGAGGUCGCUGCCAAUGCCGGUGCUACUGCUACUGGGGAGCGGGUCGAGGGUGAUGCCAACAAUAGCCACAAUAAUUUCGGGGAGAGGAGAGGGAGGGAGCGUCAGAGGAGCCAUAGAAGGCAUCGAAGGCAGGAGGGGCCACACAACAUGAUGCGUGAGCGUGGUGGUCCAGAUGCUAGCCCAGGCGGCAAUAUGUCACCUCCCUCAGCGCGAGAGGCGAGGGGUCCUAACUCAGGCAACAAUGUGUUGGGUUUGGGCUUGAUUGAUGUUGACGAGGUGAAAGGUGUUGACGAUGAUCCUGUCAAAGAAGGUGCGAAUGUCGAGGUGCUGGAGAAAUAA